AUGAAGAGAUUUUCGUCACUGUUGACGAAAAUACUUAAAUCUGAAAUAUGUACAUCUCUCUUAUUGAAUGAACAAUAUGACAAUCCAAAACGUUAUUUUCGUAUUAAUCGAUUAACUGAAUUAGCACCUCAUCCAUAUACAUUUGAAACAAGUAAUGCAGUUAUAAUGUUAAAUGAUGAUCUUCUUGAAUUUAUUUUAAGCAUUAGUCAUCGAUGCGAUCAAUUAGUACAUUUAGCACUCAAUAAAGAUUGUCAUUAUCGAUCUAACGAUGAAAAAAAAGUCAUAUCUGGAGACGAGUUAAUUGCAGCUACUCAUGGUCAAAUACUUCAUUGUAAUGAAACACAAAUUAGAUUUUGUAAAGAUGACGGAAUUAUGUAUUUGGUCCUAAUAUUAUUAUGUGAAACAUAUUUUCUUUAA